GCCCACACCUAGUAUCUAUUUCUGUACACCUGCCCAUACCUUAACUCGUCAUGCGUGCAUACCACGUACCACAGUAUUUGGUCGCAAAAUCAUGUAGCAUAAGUUAGGCGCACCUGCACUUAUCUGAUAGACACCGAUAGCACUUAUAAACCAUAGAUCUAGAUCUAUUGAGUGAAACCGGCACGGACAAAUCGACACAAGUUUUGAAGACGUUUUAGAUUACUUUUGGGCCCCGUGGAGUUGGCAACAUGGCCAGUACGGACGCGCCGAUCGGGCAGACGGACGACCUUGCCACGCUUGGGAACCUGGAUGAGAAAAUCCUCCUGGGCGAGUUGAAACACAGAUACAACCACGACAAAAUCUAUACAUAUGUGGGAGAUAUCCUUGUUGCUGUCAAUCCCUUUCGGGAUCUUGGAAUUUAUGGCCAGAAACAUGCCGAGAUGUACAAAAACAAAGUGAGGGUCGAUAACCCGCCGCACAUCUUUGCUGUGUCGGAUUCAGCGUAUCAGUCCAUGCUAACCGGCAGUGCAGUGAGCGGCAAAAAGAAUCAGUGUAUCGUUAUCAGUGGUGAGAGUGGGGCUGGCAAAACGGAAAGCACCAAAUUCAUCAUCAAGCAAAUAAUUGAGCUGUGCAAAGGGAAGUCACAACUUGAACAACAAAUCCUCCAGGUGAACCCCCUUCUGGAAGCCUUUGGCAAUGCACAGACCACCAUGAAUGACAACUCCAGCAGGUUUGGGAAAUACAUCCAGCUCAAGUUUAAGGAGGGAAAAGUAAUGGGCGCAAAGAUAUCAGAAUACCUGCUGGAGAAGUCGAGGGUUGUCUUCCAGAACAAAGGAGAAGAGAACUUUCACAUCUUCUACUACAUGCUAGCUGGACUGUCUCCUGAACAACAGAAGAAGUACAAGAUGCAAGUUGCCAACAAGUACAGUUACCUGACUAAUGGGCCCAGCAGUGCAUCAACGAAGCAAGCCAGAAUGAAGGAGAUGCUGGCAGAAUUGAACAAUGCCAUGGACUUGGUGGGCUUCCUGGACGAGGAGCAAGACGAGAUGUACUCCAUCCUGGCUGCGACGCUGAUGAUGGGGCAGAUUGAGUUGGAUGCCAAUGAGGAUGAUGCAGCCUUUGUUAAAGGAUCGGAUCAAGCCGUUGCAACAGUAGCUGAACUUAUUGGGAUAAAUGACGAGGAGCUCAGACAAGUCUUGACCUUUAACCUUAGCUCAGCCAGGGGAGAUGUGUUUCAAAGGAACUACACCAAACACCAAGCCCAGGAUGCUCGUGAUGCCAUGACUAAGACGCUGUACGGCCGUCUCUUCAGUUGGAUCGUCAAUAAAGUUAACCAGCUGUUGGCUCCAGAAAUAUCCCUCCAUGUGUCUGAAACAACUGAAAUUGGCAUCCUGGAUAUAUUUGGCUUUGAGCAGUUCCAAAGCAACAGUUUUGAGCAGUUAUGCAUUAACCUGGCCAAUGAACAACUGCAGUAUUUCUUCAAUCAACACAUCUUUUUACUGGAGCAGGAAGAAUAUAAGAGUGAGGGGAUUGACUGGACCUACGUGCCCUUUGUCAACAAUCAGUCGCUACUGGAUCUGUUCCUUGCCAAGCCCAUUGGUAUCCUGGCCCUCCUGGACGAAGAGUGCCUCUUCCCCAAGGCCACCGAUCACACCUUCGUGGAGAAACUCAACCAGAACUUUGCUCGCAAUCACCACUUCAUCAAGGCCAAGGUUGCCAGCAGCAACAACUUCAGCAUUGACCAUUACGCCGGCAGGGUGGAGUACACUGCCGACCUCUUCCUGGAGAAGAACCGUGACACGCUGCCAUCCAAGGUCAUGCAGAUGUUACGAACCAGCACCAAUGACCUCGUCAGCCAGAUAUUCAGAGGAACUGUCACUAGAACUGGUACGCUAGCCCUGCAGAGCCGGCGCAGGAGAACCCGCAGGUCAGCAAAGCCGAAGCUAGGGACUAGGGAAACUGUCAAGAAGAUGACUGUUGGUGCACAGUUCAAGAAUUCACUGUCUGUUUUGUUGGAGCUUCUGAACCUGUCCAACCCUCACUUUGUGCGCUGCAUCAAGCCAAACACCAGCAAGUCAGCCAAGCUGUUUGAGGACAAGUUUGUCACGGCUCAGUUGCGCUAUACUGGUAUGCUGGAGACAACCAGAAUCAGGCGUCUGGGUUACGCACUGAGGCCACACUUUGCCGACUUCGUCAAGAGGUACAAAGUGUUAGCUCGCAGCCCUCGAUUGUCUGAGGACAAGCACGGCUGCGUCAAGAUCCUGAAGACCGUCGGCCUGACGGAUUGGCACGUUGGCAAAACCAAGUUGUUCCUGAAGUACUAUCACCAAGACCAGCUGGAAGAACACAUGCAGAAACUGGGCAAGUCAGCCGUACACAUCCAAAAAGUUGCGCGUGGCUUUCUGGCCCGCUGCCGCUACAAGUCAAGAGUGAAGAAGGCCCAGCAGCAGAAAGAAGAGAUGAACUCCUUCCUCCUCCAAUUGGCCAAACUAAGCCUGGAUCAGCAGCACAAACUCUCUAAGGUCCUCCAGGGUGACAAGAAGAUUCCCAAGUCCUUCUUUGAAUCCAUUCGCAAAGGAGACAAGGUGAUUAAGAUUGAGGCUCCCUCCAUUCAGGUUCAGCAAGGCACCAACAAAAAAGAGGACAAGGUGUCCUCCGAGGAGGAAGAAGAUGGUGAUGAUGACGAGGAUGAAGAGAUCAUUGAAGAUGAGUUCGUCCGCAUCAGGAAUAACCUCUUUGGCAAAGAAGGCACCAGACAGGCAUCCAUUCACUGGUUCAAGGCCACGCAGUCUAUGGCAGUGCGGGAUCAGACAGGGACCUUUGCCAAGUGGUUCCACGGCAUCAUCACAAGAAGGCGAGCUGAAGAGUUACUGGAACACCAGCCAGUCGGUGCUUUUCUGAUUCGUGUCAGUGAGAGUCGGUUUGGUUACUCCCUGUCUCUCAAGGCGGAAUCUCGGUGCAAGCAUUUCAUGAUUGACCUCACUCCCACCGGUAAAUACCUCGUCGUCGGUGAGAUGCCAGUCUUCAAGAACCUCCAGGAGCUGGUGAAAUUUUACAAAGUGAAACCGAUUUCACCAUUUGGAGAUGUUCUGAAACAAGCAUGCGGCCAAGCAGAGAAUGAGCUUGAUUACUCCGAACUCCUGGCUGACAAGAAAAACAAGCGUGCAUCCGGCGUCCCCUCAUCACUCGUCAGGAAAAUGAAAGAGAAGGGGAUGGACCAGGAAGAAGAGGCCGUGUAUUCCCCUGAUGGAUACAGCUUAGCGCCCUCUACAGGUUCCUCCAGAAGGCUAGAGCGUCCGGUCAGUGAGGCGUCUUAUCUCUACCUUGAUGCUACCAACGGAAAGGAGGCCCCUAUGAUCAGUAAAAUGUCCCGCAAUAGUGCCAGACGCUCUGCGAUGAGGGAAAACAAGCCUGGCCAACGCCGUGCCAGUACGGAUAAAUAGGUAUUGCGUGCCUGGAAGCUACAUGUAUCUACAUUGGCUCAGUGUGAUCUUUGGAUGCCUAAAUGAUGUAAUUCACUUGCGUGUGGUCAUAAGUAGUCAGUAAGUGCUGGUUUGUUGCUGCAAGAUUGGGUUUUUGACUUUUUUUGACUAUUUUCUUGACUAUUUUUUGCAUUUAACAAAACUGACGGAUGCAUUUAAGGCAAUGAAGUAUUCUUUGCAGAAUAUUGACAUUCUUGAGAUCAACUACACCGUAAACUCUAGGUUUGGAAUGUUUUUAAGGUAAUGAAGUAUUCUUUAGAGAACGUUAUCAAUCACUCUAGAGAUGUACUUAACUCUAAUAGGUUUGACUGAAAUGGAUGAGGUUGAAUUGGGGUGAAGGUUGGUCAGAUGUUGGAGUGUAAUGUGAAGCAGAUAGUUUUUAGAAAUGGCAACAUGAAAGCGUAUCUUGUGACAAUGACAGAAAAUGAAGAUCUCUUAUAAUUUCAAUGUUGCACAAAAUGUAAACUUUAAUGGCUCAUAUAUUUUGUCAUAGGAUGUCUAUUAUUUUUUUGACGAGCGUAUCCUGCGUAAAAAUAUUUUCUGAGUGCUUUUUAACUCAUUUUAUAGCUUUCACUUGAAUAACUUACGACUUCAGCAGGCAAUUUUCAUUCAACUUUAGGCAGUGGUGUAACUUCACUCAUGCCGCGUUUGAUUGCAUGAGUGGCUCACAACUAUUCAGGACACAUUUCAUGAAAGUUAAGCACCGCAUAAGUCAGUGACUUGUGCAACAAUGUAUCGUGUAACUUUUAUGGUACCAUUUUAGGUAAAAAUAAAUGAUUUUACUUUUAAACUAAUCCUGUCAGUUAAGGUUCCAUUGGGGCAUAUGGGGGACAAAUUUCUGGCCUCAGCCUUUAAAGCAUGCUACAACGUUUGGUUGGGUUUUGUUUAAUGAGCCACAGUCUGUGGUAUCAGAGGUGUGAAAGUUCAGCUUUUUAGCUGAUUUCAGCUUUUUGUUUAGAUGUUGACCCUCAAUUUCAGGUUAUUUUUUGCACCUGCUGUGUACAAAUGUAUGGGGCCUUCUUACAUUUCAACUUGUUACUAGCUGUUUUCAGCUUUAAUUUUAAGUGGCCACUCACACUCCUGGGUAUGAAGUGUCAGAAUGGCACUCAAGUAGUGGGGCUCACUGUGUCGUAUACGAAUCAUUGUGGAGGUUGAUUGCAGUAGCAUUAUUGCCGUAUCUCACUGUUAUGGGGGAGAAACUCUUGAGACAGUACAUAGUAACAGUAGUAUUUAAAUGCUUGUUCAUCUCACAGGUGAAUUGGAAAAAGCAAUUGCGUGUCUUAGAACACCCACAAGAAACUUUUACCCAGGUUGAAAUCUUUUGUAAACUUUCGGUGCAUAUGUUAACCAUCAGUGCUGUGUAACUGUUUUUCAUCUGCCUGUAGAUUUCAUGUUUAUUUUGGUAUGGAAUAGGGUUACUUGGUACAGUGAGUUCAGCUCACUGUUGUUGUAUGUUGUUUGCAUAAAUAUUGUACAUAUCUGUACUUCUACAAAGACAAAUUCAGAGAAACGUUUUUAAAGGAGUUCUGGUUUUGAGCAUUUGUCAUUCAAGCAUCAAAGGAGCUCCUAAGGAGAAUACUUAUCGUGGUUUAUUUUUCAGUAGCAUUUUAAACAUAAGACAAGCACUUAAAGUAAAACUUCUUUUUAAAAAUAGAGAACUUUUAUGCAGUGCCACACAAGUUGUGGGAAAAUAGCCCGUAGAGGGGCCCCCUAUUUUAGUCUAUUUGUAAAGAGAGACAAGUGAGACAUCCUGGUAGUUGCUUUUUCUUAGACAUUAUUUUUUAGAUAUGCUGCAUGUGGUACAGGUAAUGAAGCUUCAUUGUUUUAGGGGAGGUCCAAUUUUACUGUAAAAUCUACGUGUUCCAUUUUGAAUCUUAUAUAUCAACAAGAGAAUCUGAUUUAUUCUGUGUGCCAUUAACAAAGUAGAAAAGUGACUUGGCUUAUCACAGCCAUAAUAAAUGAUAAAAUUUGUAAUGCUUUCAACUAUUAAUACAUGGAGACGAAUUGGCAAUAUGGUUCAUUUUGUUUAUUUAUUAAGCAUAAUAUGUAAUUUGCAUAGUGAUAUUCAAAGAACCUUACUUUAGUAUUUUAUUGGAUACCAUUGAAACGUUGAAAAAAAGACCAAUUAGGAGAGGCACUUGGAUCGACCUUCAGGUUUAUAUGUUUGGGUACUAGAGUGGUGACAUUCAUUCAUUACUUAAAUAUCCAUUUAUUUCCUUAAGUUGUACCUAUCCUGCCACAUACUAUCAAUAAUGGUCAUUGAAACCAGACAUUUUACAUUUAUCUAACACAGUUUCUAGGAAAAAAUACAAACAGAAUUUAAGACAGGAGUUGUUUGCCAAAUGCUUGUUUUUCCAUAUUUGUGACUAAUUGCAAAAGCCAGCGUAGGUUACAACACGUUAUUGCACUCUUGCUCUUGUUGGUAUUCAUUGCAGGAAGCAUUCUUAGUUGGCUAUCAUGGAAAAGUACUUAAUAACACUGGAAAGUACAGUCUUUAAAUGAUAUGUUACUUUGUCAAAAGUGUAGUGAUCAACUGUGAAAGUAAUUUUGAUAGAAUUAUGCAUUGGAUAAGUAUUUUUUAUUCAAAUUAUCAUUGAAUUUAACAAGUAAUCAAAUCAUGAAUGACUCAGGUUUGAGUCUGUGCAAGAGAGCACAAAUUAUGCAUUUUAUAUGACAAUUCAUUGCAUUGUAUUCACAUUAUAUUCAACCCAUGAUUUCUGCACAGUUGAAGUUCAUAUACAGUUGAAGUCUUUCAGCAUGCUUGCAAGUAAGUUCAAUUGCAAUAAUCAUAGCAAAAUUUUAGUGAUUCUUUCAAACUUAUUUUUAUAUACAAGCUUUUUUUUAAAAUCUCUUCUCAGAUUUUUAGUUGGAAGUAAUGUGUAUAUAUUUGCAUUUUAAAAUAAAUUUGGAAUAGUAUUUGGGAA